UAGGUGUAUAUGUGCAGUGGGUUACCUCCACAAUCAAAGCUUCUGAAAGCGAAAAAGAGGAAACCAAAAUCUAAAGAAUAAGAAUCACAAUGAAUCCUCAACUCUAUCAUGCUGCUAGCUCUGGCGAUUUAAGUUUCUUUGAGACAUUGACAAAUUCUGAUACCCUUCUCGAUGUGACAACCGAGAAGAGCACUGUUCUUCAUGUUGCAGUGCAAUGCAAUCGUCCCCAGGUUGCAAAAAAGAUGGUUGAAUUACGUCCAAGCCUUCUGUAUCAAACAAACUCCAAAGGCAAUACUCCGCUACAUGUUGCUGCAAGGGUAGGAAGUCAUUCAAUGGUAAAGCUCCUUAUAGAAUAUACCAAAAGUUUGGAUGUUGAAAUUGGUGGCCGGAAGAUUCUGAGCAUGGUGAAUCUGGUGAAGGAUACCGCCCUGCACGUCGCAGUGCAAUAUGGUAAAUCUGAGGUUGUGGAAGAACUAAUUAAGGAGGACCCAGAACUGGGUACGUUUAUAAAUAUCGCUGGGGAAUCCGCUCUGUUCCUUGCCGUGGAUAGAAAAUUCUACAAGAUUGCUUCUUGUAUCCUAAGUGCUGCUCCAGAAUGUUCCUUUGCUGGUAGGGACGGCAUGAAUGUCUUGCAUGCAAUGGCCAUUCGCUCAAGUCAUGUUGAAAUUACUAUAGGAGAUACGUUCGUUUCAAAAGGAGGAGGAGUUCGCUUCCUGCGUAAGCUUUUGGUCGCUCUUAACGUAUAUCUACCCCCUGCUUGGGUGGUCUUGGUGAGUGAAGUACGCCCGAAUCAUGAUCAGUUAAAAUCUGAAACCAUUCCAGAAGGUUUUGUGAGAAAGGUGAUGGAAAAAUGUCCUUCUGUGAUUGCACAAGGCGAGAACUUUGGAUGCACUCCUCUGCACAUUGCCGCAGGUAUGGGUAACAUGAAAUUGGUCAAGCUGUUUUUAGAAAAUGAUACUUCGCCUGCAUAUGUAAAGGACAGAGAAGGUUUGUCUGCUUUUCACAUUGCGGCCAAGGAAGGCAAUGUUCUUGUAAUGAAAGAACUCAUCACAGCGUGUCCAGAUAUCUAUGAGUUGUUGGACAACAGGGGUCGGACUGCUCUCCAUGUUGCUGCAGAAAGUGGAAGGUGGGAAGCUGUCAAUUUUUUUCUGGAGAGACCAGAUCUUGAGGGUCUUAUCAACGAGCAAGAUGAAGAAGGAAAUACACCUAUGCAUCUUGCAGCUGUCGAAGGAUAUUACAAAAUUCUCAUAAAAUUGGCAGGUUGUAGAAAUGUUGACACUAAUGCGACAAACAAGGAGGGCUUGACAAUAAUGGACAAAAAUCGUUCAAGUGCAGCAUUAAGAAUCAGACUACAGGUAUGACACCUCUGUCCUGCG